AUGGAUAAAGGGAUCACUUGUGAUAUUCUAAUUGCUCUCGCUUCACAUCCAUUGCCUCAGAAUCGAGAUUUUUUGGUGCAACUACCUGGUUUGCUAAAUACUUUGGCUCUGAAUUCUCGUGGAAUAGAGGCAAUUCUACGCAGUCGGGUUCUAGAGCAAUACUUAGGGACUUUGGUGCAAAUAGAAUAUCUUCCUACCAUGAAAUCAAAACGUGUCCGUGAUUUCCUAUCGCAUAUGUCAUGCAAUAUGUCAAAUGCGGGUUCUAGUCAAAAUCUCUCAAACAGUCUGACUGCUAGCCUUAUGAGUGGGGCCGUGCUUGAAUUACUUCGUUCACAUCAUGAGCUCAAGCCUGUGAUUUUUAAGUCUCUUGUAUCGGUAAGGAAAUUACCAAUUAGCUGCACUUUUAAGCAUUAA